GCCCAGGCGCAGAGCAGCUCCCACAGCCCUGGGCAUUCGUGGGAGCCAGUCCGGCUCAGCCGCUCCCAGCAGCCGCCUCCGCCUUCUCCAUCACCGCUGUGUCUCCCCAAAAAAGGACAAGAAAAGAAAGGAUCAGCGGGCGUGAUGGCUCUGAGUUUCAGAAUCCAACUUCAGGUCCUGCUGCUUCUGGCCGGCCCGGGAUUGGGAGCCCCGCCCAAGGCAGGGGAGCGAAGGCGAGAAGCGGAGGUGUUCUUAGAGAAGUAUGGGUACCUCCGUGAGCACGCCCCAGAAGCAUCCAGCUCCCCACAGCUCACGGAUGCCAUAAGGGAGUUCCAGUGGGUGUCCCACCUACCAGUCAGUGGGCUGCUGGAUACUGCCACGAUGCGCCAAAUGGCCCUGCCACGGUGUGGGGUGGUUGACACGGAAAGCCAUUCAGCCUGGACGGAGAGGCUCGGUUCCCUAUUUGCUGGACGCAGAGCCAAGAUGAGGCUCAAGAAACGCUUUGUGCAGCAAAGAGGAGGCAAAUGGUACAAGCGCCAUCUUUCCUACCGCCUGGUGAACUGGCCCCAGUACCUGCCAGAGUCAGCGAUGCGUCGGGCCGUACAGGCGGCCUUCCAGGUGUGGAGCAACGUGUCCUCUCUGGAGUUCUGGGAAGCCCCCGAGUCAGUUCCUGCCGACAUACGCCUCACCUUCUUCCAGGGUGAUCACAAUGAUGGGCUCAGCAACGCUUUUGAUGGGCCAGGAGGCGCCCUGGCUCAUGCCUUCCUCCCUCGUCGUGGGGAGGCACACUUCGAUCAGGAUGAGCGUUGGUCCUUCAAAAGUCGAAGGGGUCGGAACCUAUUCGUAGUGCUGGCCCACGAGAUUGGCCACACACUGGGGUUGGGCCACUCCCCUGCUCCUCGGGCUCUCAUGGCGCCCUAUUACAAGAGGCUGGGACGGGACUCUGUGCUGAACUGGGAUGAUGUCCUGGCCAUCCAAAACCUGUAUGGACAGCCCCUGGGGGGCUCAGUGGCUGAGCAACUCCCCGGGAAGCUCUUCACCCAUUUUGAGGACUGGGACCCCCACAGGCCCUGGGACAGGACAUCUGGAGCUCGAGGACCCUAUUACUGCCACACUUUUUUUGACACCAUCACAGCAGACAAGGACCAUCGAGUCUACAUCUUUAAAGGAAACAGUUUCUGGGAGGUAGGGGCUGAUGGCAAUGCUUCGGAACCCCAACUGCUGCAGGAGAAAUGGGCCAGUCUGCCCCCCCACAUUGAGGCAGCUGUUGUGUCCCAGGAUGAUGGAGACUUCUACUUCUUCAAAGAGGUGCUGAUGUUUGAGACAGAGGACCUGGUGCUUAGGAAGAACGAAAAGCAUGUGGUCUUGUGCCUGCUGGAGCUGGGACGGCGAGCCUGGAGGUUUGGGGUAGCAGCUCCCACCCUAGUACAUCUGGAGGAGGAGAUUGAGGAGGAACUUCGGCAGGAGCUGGCCCUGCCCCCACCUGAUCCUCCUCCACCAGCUCCCCCUGCCCGCCAAGCCUGCCAUUUCAAAAACUUGGACCAAAUGGUGCAGAACCUGGUGAGUCGCUGUACCUGCCCCGUGCAGUUCUCCAUGAUCAAAGUGUCUGAAGGAAAAUACCGAGUAGGGGAUUCCAACACUCUCAUCUUUGUCAGGAUCUUGCGAAAUCAUGUGAUGGUCCGCGUAGGGGGUGGCUGGGACACACUAGGCCAUUACCUGGAUAAACACGACCCCUGCCGAUGUACCUCUCUCUCUCACAAGAUGGGCAGCCUCCAGAAGCCACAGAUUCCCCCAGUACAGCAUGAGGUGAGAGUACAAGGGGGUUCUACACAACCUCAGCCCAUUCUGACCGUCAGCCGCUCCCAGAGUCCUCUGCCCCCAGUGGAUUGGAAGACAUACACACCCCCAGGCCGUAAGCUGAGACCUCCCACCUCCUGCUCCCCAAGACCUCACGAUAGGUGGGGGGCAGGUGGGGGGUCUCCAGGAGAGACAGCUGCACCUCAGAGGAUCCGGGAAAGAUCAGCCACCCCAUCCCGUCAACUGUCACCAGCUGGAGAUGUAUCCCCCAAACCCCAGUCCUCACUCACACGGACUGGACGGGAUUUGCAGCGGGUUCCUUUAGGACAAUGGAAAGGCAGAUACUCACCUGAGGCUCCCAGGGGAGGAACCCCUACCCACUGGAGCCCUGGAGAGAUGGGUACCCAAGGAAGCUUCGUCACUGAUCCUAUUCUUCAGAAGGUUUCAGCCCCUGAGAUGGCUCCUAAAGAACCACUGGGAAGAGUUCGCUCUACCCUACCUGGUUCCUCCAAUCUAUCUAAGCCCUUUACCCUCAAACAAUCCCUUCUGGGUAUUGGGAAACCUUCCCAGGAUCAGGCACAAAGAGUCAUUGCCUCCCAACUUAAGGACCCUGGAGCUGUCCGAUCUUCUUCCCCCAUUAAAGGGGUCACCAAGAUCCCCAUCUGCUCAGCUCCCAGCCACCCACUAACACCAGGGGAGAGUCCCUCAGAAUCUGGAAAUGGUAUCCCAGCUCCCACGACAGAAACAGGGAGAGACCCCACAACCAUAACGGUCGGAGCUGGAGGAAGAAACACUCCUCAGUCUAGAAAUGGAAGUCAGUCCCUGGAGGUGAGGUCAGGAGGCCAGGAUCAGACACUGGGAACUGUGACAGAGGCUGGAAGAGACCAUCCACCCAGGUACCAGCAUGGAAGACAGACAUUCACCACUCUACCCAUUGACAAGGCCAAGGAACAGUCACUCUACCAGAACCUGGAAGAUGAGAUCUUGAUCAAUACCAAGGUGCUAGAGGCAAGAGGAGCCCACCCAGAACGGCAUAUUCCUCGAAGUGGUGUAUAUGUCCCCCACCCCGGGGCACUGUGGCCAGUACCUGGGGCUCUUUAUGAUAGUGUCAUUCAAGAACUGACUCUAGAGCCCCCAGCCCUCCUCAAGGUGGACAUGGGUGGCUGGGGGAUGCCCAUCAUGCAUACUCCUGAGCUAGACCCAGCCCAAAGCAAAUGUGACUCAGAGGGAAAGAGGAACUUGGAAGAGAAUGGGGUGGGGAGGAAGGCUGGUGCAGGGGUCAGAGGCACAAAAGUGAAAAGAGCACCAGCUCCAGGACAGCAGGGAGGCCAGUCCGGGGCUCCAGUCCCUGAGGCCAAUGGCAAUGAAGUAUCUCAACCUAUACCAACCUCAGACUUGGAAAAGUCCAAAGUACCCAUAGGGAAAGGCAGGAGGAUGUUGAAGAAGCCAGAGAGGAUACCAUCCAUUUACAAGCUAAAGUUGAGACCCAAGAUCCGACCUCGUCGAGACCAUCGUCCAGAAAAGCGGCCCUCCCGGAUUCCCACUCCCCUGGCCUACCGCCAGAGCCGAGCCAGGGUGCCUCCUACCUCCCCUAGAUUGAGGGGUCGGGUAGGUAGUGCAGGAGAUGGGAGUUCAGUGGAUGAGGAAGAAAUCUCCCCAUCAGAGAUUAGCACUACCCUGUCCACUGAAAGCCUGGGAUCACAACCCGCUGGUCCAUCUUGGCUCCCACAGGACGAUGAGGAGUCUUGGGUCUGAAGUGGAAUCCGAACGUGGUCCACCCCUCUGCUCAGUGUGUGGAGGUGGGGACAGGGAGGGACAAGGGUAUGAUAUUGACGACUUUCAGAUUUCUAACCCUUCCGCUGCACCCCACUCCACUCCCAGAAGGUGGGAGGUUUUCCUCCCUCCACAUUUUGCCCCAGGGUUCCCGCUAAAGAGGCCAAAGCUGAAAUAUUGCUUCAGUCCAUUCCGUUGUGCAGAGGACACAAGUCCUCCUCGUUUUCAUACUCCAUUUUGGAAGGUGGCAAGGGAAACUUCCAAACCACUCUACAACUUCAUGUGACUCCCACUCCCUUCCUCCAACCAGGAGCCAAUUCCUGACCUUCUUACCUUUAACUCCACAGACCUCUGGAUCAAGCCUGAGUCUCCGCUCCCAAUUAAAUUAUUAAAGCUACAAGUGUUUUUGGAGCAGGCUAAUUCAUAUGUCCUUCUCUCUCUGAGUUUUGGGCUGAUAACCAAGUAUAGAGUCGUAACCAACAGGAGGCAAACUCCCAGCUUUGUCCCAGGACACUGACAUGGGGAGUCAUGUUUACUUCGUCACUUCUUGGUCUUCUGGAGACAGGGUGUAACCACCCUCCAGUCACCAUCUUAGGGUAUGGCACUGUUGAGGGCCUGCUUCCCCCUUCAACCUUUGACAAAGGCAAGGACAGAGACUCAUUUCUGUCAUACUUGAAAUUUGCCAAAGACUUUUCUGGAUUACAACUUUGUGAAAUAAGUAUCACAGAUGAGCAAACUGAGGUUCAUAAGAGUGAACUGACUUGUCUAUGGUGACAUAGUUAGUCGUGGAGCCAGGACUGGUACCCAAGUCUCCUAACUCAAAAUUGGGUGCUCUUUGGAGUGUCCCACACUGCAGGAGGGGGGCUCAGGGACCUCACCCAAGAAGUGGUUGGACACGUCACAACCUUGGGAGGAGAAGAAGGUGAGAGUAAAUGGGUAGGGGGAUUUUUCUGUCUACCAAGAAUUGAACAUCUUCACAGCAGUUUAAGAUCUGAAUAUUUAAAGAAUUCAGCUCAUAAAGUCACUCAGCUUAUAAAAGAGGCUAUGGGCUGGUCUUAUAGGUGGGUCUGGGGAGAUGGAGAAAGAAUCAGAAGAAAAGUGCUUGACAUAAACAGGAUGGAUCCAGGUUAUACAUCAGAUUAUCAUAGGAUUUAGACCUCAAUGAGACUUUAAAGAUAAUCAAAUCCAACUUGAAGAAACCCAAGGCCCAGAGAGGUUAAGUGAUUUGCCCGAGGUUACACAGCUAGUAAGAAGCUGAGUUGGAAUUUAAACCCAGGUCCUCUGGCUCUAAACCUGGUGUUCUUCCCUUUACAUAGUACUGUUUUAUAAUAAGUCCCCCAGAGGAAGAGUGAAAUGGGAAGGGGUAGACUGGUUUUGAAAACUAGGAGAUCAGACAUCCUUCUGGAUGCCUUGGAUGAAGUAUAUGGGUAGGGGAUGUAGUUCAGAUAGACUUCCAUCCUAUGGAUCUCCUUCUCUGAAAUUCUUACUAGCUAUUCUGUAUGCCCCUCUUUAAAUACACUAACCUCGAAUUUCUGUCCAUUGGUUGAGCCCAAAGGGUUGGCACUGGUAGCUAGGUGGUCGUCUGUUCUUUGGAAAGGGUCUGGGCUCUGUCUCUUCACUCCUAGAAA